AUGACUCACACUCUCGGCCUCACUCAACCCAACUCCACUCAGUCUCCAAAGAUCUCGUUCGCUGCGAAGGAGAUCGGUGUAACGGAAUGGAAAGGAGACAUACUCUUGGUUGGUGUGACGGAGAAAGACUUGGCCAAAGACGACAGCUCAAAGUUCACGAAUCCGAUCCUGAACAAGCUCGAUGCUCACCUAAGUGGACUUUUAACUGAAGUUUCAUCGGAAGAGGAUUUCACCGGUAAACCUGGUCAAUCAACUGUUCUUAGGCUUCCGGGUUUAGUGUCGAAACGGGUCGGUUUGAUCGGUCUCGGACAAUCCGUUUCUUCUCCGGCUGCUUUUCUGAGCCUUGGUGAAGCUGUAGCUGCAGCUACAAAAACUUCUCAAUCUACCACAGCUGCUAUUGUGCUUGCUUCACCUGAAAGUGUUCCUGAUGAAUCCAAGCUUAGUUCUGCAUCAGCUAUAGCUUCAGGCAUAGUACUUGGAUUGUUCGAAGAUGGUAGGUAUAAGUCUGAAUCGAAGAAACCAUCUUUGAAAUCUGUGGAUAUCAUUGGAUUUGGUACUGGACCUGAAGUAGAAAAGAAGCUCAAGUAUGCUGAAAAUGUUUCUUACGGAGUCAUUUUCGGAAGAGAACUCACUAAUUCUCCUGCCAAUGUGCUCACUCCUGCUGUACUAGCUGAGGAAGCAGCAAAACUGGCUUCUACGUACAGUGAUGUCUUCACUGCAAACAUCUUGAACGAAGAGCAAUGCAAAGAAUUGAAGAUGGGCUCUUAUCUAGCCGUUGCUGCAGCGUCAGCUAAUCCCCCUCAUUUCAUCCACCUUGUCUAUAAACCUUCCAGUGGCUCUGUUAAGACCAAACUUGCUCUUGUUGGAAAAGGAUUGACCUUUGACAGUGGUGGCUACAACAUUAAGACUGGACCUGGCUGCUCAAUUGAGCUCAUGAAAUUCGACAUGGGCGGUUCAGCUGCUGUUCUUGGCGCUGCGAAAGCCAUUGGUGAAAUUAAGCCUCCUGGUGUUGAGGUACAUUUCAUUGUUGCAGCCUGUGAGAAUAUGAUUAGUGGAACCGGAAUGAGACCUGGAGAUGUUAUCACAGCCUCCAACGGAAAGACCAUUGAGGUCAACAACACAGAUGCUGAAGGUCGUCUAACACUUGCAGAUGCUCUAGUGUAUGCUUGUAACCAGGGUGUCGAUAAGAUUGUUGACCUUGCUACGUUGACCGGGGCCUGCGUUAUUGCUCUUGGAACAUCGAUCGCAGGGAUCUAUACACCUAACGAUGAGCUUGCAAAGGAAGUGAUUGCUGCAUCAGAGAAGAGUGGAGAGAAGCUGUGGAGGAUGCCAUUAGAAGAUAGCUAUUGGGAGAUGAUGAAGUCUGGAGUGGCUGAUAUGGUCAACACAGGCGGUCGUGCAGGAGGCUCAAUCACUGCAGCUCUCUUCUUGAAACAGUUUGUGAGCGAGAAAGUGCAAUGGAUGCAUAUCGACAUGGCUGGACCGGUGUGGAACGAUAAGAAGAAGUCUGGGACUGGGUUUGGUGUUGCGACGCUUGUCGAAUGGGUGCAAAGUAAUUCUUCAUCUUGA